GGUGCAUUAGUAGCCAUACUCGGGAACUGGCACGUACUGUCUCUGUUUCAUUAGGCCGUCUUGUGAAGAAAUCUAACUUUUCUAUCACCGUUCUGGUAAAAAUUAAAAUAACAAAACCAAAAAACGAGUAGUUCCACGGAUUCUGUUCGUUCAGCCCUCAAAACGUAGAGAGGGCAAAACUUCAGAGGCAACUUCAAAUACAAGUUGAUCUGGAAUUUGAAAUAGAAAGCGAUGGAGCUGUCGGAUAUCCCUUUUCCAAUCACCUCUGCUGACGACUUUUAUGACGACCCUUGCUUCAACACGAGUGACAUGCACUUCUUCGAGGACCUGGACCCGAGACUCGUUCACGUGGGUCUCCUGAAGCCGGAUGAUCACCAUCACAACGAAGACGAACACAUCCGGGCACCGAGCGGACACCACCAGGCUGGCAGGUGUCUCCUCUGGGCUUGCAAAGCCUGCAAGAGGAAGACCACCAACGCGGAUCGCAGGAAAGCAGCCACCAUGCGGGAGAGGAGGCGGCUGAGCAAAGUCAACGAUGCCUUCGAGACCUUAAAAAGAUGCACCUCCACGAACCCCAACCAGAGGUUACCCAAAGUGGAGAUUCUAAGAAAUGCCAUCAGCUACAUCGAGUCCCUGCAGUCCCUCCUCAGAGGGCAGGACGAGAACUACUACCCAGUGCUGGAACACUACAGUGGCGACUCUGACGCAUCCAGCCCGAGGUCCAAUUGCUCAGAUGGAAUGAUGGACUUCAGUGGCCCACCGUGCACUUCAAGGAGAAGGAACAGCUACGACAGCACUUACUUCAACGAAACACCAAAUGAUUCCAGAAGUAACAAGAACUCAGUCAUUUCCAGUCUGGAUUGCCUAUCCAGCAUCGUGGAGCGAAUUUCAACAGACACCUCCACCUGUCCAGCACUGCACAUCCAGGAAGGCUCAGAUGGCAGUCCUUGCUCCCCCCAAGAGGGGUCCAUCCCGAGCGAGCCAGGAGCACCCGUCCCGUCCCCGACCAACUGUUCUCAGCCUCCUCACGAUCUAAACCCCAUCUAUCAGGUUCUAUGAAGAGUCUUGGUAGCCCCAAAAGGAAGAGCCUCGUCGAACUAACCAAACAUUCUUGAAUACAAUUAUAUUCCUUUUUAAAAAGUGAAAGAAAAACAGACGCAUGGACUGAGUUACCAUAUGUUGCUGAUGAAAAAAGGGGGAACGAUUAAGUUUCCAUUCUUGUCCAAUAAUAGAACGGUGUCCAAUUCCUUAAAGGAAAAGUACCCAUAUUCAAGCCAUGUAAACACGUAUAGCCUACAUAGUGCGUACAAUCUGUUAGAUUCUUGUUAUUUAUGUUGUGUAUUUUUAUGUUUCGUAAUUACAGCAGCUUUGGGUCACCAGUAGCAUGCUUUCCGACUUGGCUUGACACGGGUUACCUUUAAUCAAACGUGAAAAACUGAAAGAACCUUCUGUCUGUGCCAUCUACGUUGUUCAGCAUUCUCAAAUUGUGGUUGUGAAAGGAAAAAUAAGCCAUACAAACCCAAUCUGGAAAAUGAGGACCAUUUUUUGUACAUUUGUAAAUAAGGGCUGCUUUGGAAAAAAAAAAAAAUCAAACGAAACGUUGAAGUAUUUAAUGUUGCUUGUUGAUAGAGACGCUUGGUUUGUUGUGUCAGAUGUUUAACUUUAUAUUUAUAUAUCUUCAAAAAUGAGUGAAUGUUAACGUUUUAAUAAAGAAACAAAUGUGUUAUUUAUA